AUGAAUGACGGUACACUCGUCAUUCGUGGAGAGAAGGUUCCGUCGCGAAAUGUAGGCGGUGUUGGUUUCGUUGUGCACCCAUCUGUCGUCCAUCUCGUCGAUUCUCACGAGAUCCUGUCACCUCGUCUGGCCAUUCUUCGCCUCCGCCCUCUGCGCCAAAAAUCCAUCAGUAUCAUCAACUGCUAUUCACCAACAUCAGCAGCUGAUGAUUCCGAAUUGGACGCGUUUUACGAGGAGCUGGAGGAAGUAGUCCACAACGAGAAGUCCUUUUACAAAUUCGUUGUCGGAGACUUCAACGCAAAACUAGGAAAGGCCACAGAAGAGGAAUACAGGAUUGGAAGAUUUGGACUAGGGGACCGGAAUGAAAAUGGCAAUCGUCUCGCCGGGCUGUUGUCCGCCGCUCGCCUCUUUCAUGGGAACUCUCUUUUCAUGAAAAAAGAUCAUCGUCGGUGGACAUGGGAAUCGCCCAAUGGCGCGACUCGUGCGGAGAUCGACCACAUACUCACCAACCGGAGGUGGUGUCUACUUGACGUCUCAGUAGUACCAUCCUUUUGUAGUGGUUCUGAUCACCGUCUCCUUCGUGCGAAAAUACGACUUAGCCACACGAUGGAAAAGAACAUCUGCUAUCGGCAACGAAGGAGAAAAGAAGUCGUCUACGACGAUUGCGUACUCGAGGACUCCCUGUCCCAAGGUGACUGGCACAUCGAGGAGGACCCAAACGUGGACUACGAGAUGCUGCUCAGAGGAUUACGAGCCUGUGCUGAACGUGCCUCGAAGUCGCGCACGACAAACUUGGAUCGAAUUUCGAAGACCACCAAGGAAUUGUUAGGAAGAAGAAGGGCUUUGAGGCUUGAUCCGAAUGCAUCGCACAUUGAGCGGUUAGUAGCAAACACUAGCUGCAGAAAAGCGUUGCAGGAGGAUCUUUUGAAGUACAGGCAGAAGAAGAUUCUAGAAGCAGCACAAAGAAGAACGAGUCUAAAGAAGUGCCGCAGGGAUCUCCGCGAAUAUAAUAUUCCGCUAGCAACCUUGCUCAGCGAAGACGGGACUCGCACGUCUUCUCGUCGUGAGAUGGAAAUCAUUACGGAGAGGUUCUACUCGAACCUUUUCCGUUCAUCAACUCCUGUGUCAAGCCCAAUCAUCCCCACUGGCGAAGCUCCACCACGGAUUCUCCCUUCGGAAGUACGAGUCGCUAUCAAGAGCAUGAAACCUGGCACAGCCCCCGGACCUGAUUUUAUUUCAGCAGACUUUCUUCGGGCUGGUGGCCAUCCGCUUCAUGUAAUCUUAGCAGCGCACAUGACAUCCUAUCUUCAGAAAGAAAGGAUCCCAGACCAGUGGAAGACCUCGCGAACCGUUCUUAUCCAUAAGAAAGGUGACCGAGAGGACCUUCGGAACUACCGUCCGAUAUGCUUGCUGAGCGUGUUAUACAAAGUAUUCACCAAGAUCAUCCUCAUGCGCAUAUCUAGGACGCUGGAUGAAGCCCAGCCUCAAGAACAAGCUGGAUUCCGCCAAGGGUUCAGCUGCUUGGACCACAUCCAGACCGUGUCGAGGGUCAUAGAGGUUUGCCGGGAAUACCGCCUGCCCCUUGUUCUAACCUUCGUCGACUAUGAGAAAGCCUUUGACAGCGUAGAAACGAAUGCAAUACUGUCAGCGCUGGUCGAUCAAGGUGUGGACGCGUCGUAUGUGAGGACAUUAGCCAACUGCUACGAACGAUGCACGACUAGGAUACAGCUUUUCCACCGCCCUCUCACCAUACCCAUUGGAAAGGGGGUACGACAAGGCGAUACCAUAUCGCCGAAGCUGUUCACGGCUGCAUUGCAAUGGAUAAUGAAAUCACUAUCCUGGGAAGAAAGGGGCAUACGUGUUGAUGGAAGAUUUCUUUCGAACCUUCCGUUUCGCGGACGACAUCGUUCUCUUUUCGAGCAGUACCAAUGA